GCCAAGCUGGCGAUCACAGAGUGGAUUCUCUUCAAAUCCAUCAAUUAACCACGGGGAAGGCUCAAUUCGGUGAAGGCCUCAACCAAAGGAGGCUCCAUUCUCUGCUAUGUGGCCGAUUCUGCCAUGGUUGUACAGAAAUGGUGGACUAGAGGUCAUGACUUGGGAUAUUCUUCUUUGUCUGCCAUGUCCCCUGAAGAUAUUUCUUAGUGGCUUCAGUGGAUUUAGUUCAAGAAAUGGUGGUUUCCAUCUAAUCCAUUCAGUUUUUCAACCCUUUCAAUGAUGCAUGUUGUCAAGAUAGACGUGAAUGCCACGAAGAUUGUUCCUGAUCAAGUUGCAGCUCAGUGAGAACGGUACAAAUGCCCAUCCAGUCUUGAGGUGACUCCAUGGAACAUGCCACACUAUUCCUAAUCAAAGAGACCAGACAGUUCAUCGUGUUGCUACUACUUGCUGCCCGUGCACGAAUCCGUCUGUUAAUACUGGCUGCAGCUUCGUGUAGCAGCUUUGGUUCUGCAAUCUGCACAACUUGAUCGGGAAAGGCCAUUUUGGCAUAAUUAUAAGGUUAAGGUCCCCUUCAAAGCUUUUGGGUUAAUUGUCUUACAAGGGUUUUGUAUUCUUCUUGGAUUGGGAUAAUCCUUGAAGGGGUUGAGUGAGUUGAGAUUCACUUGUGAGGGCUUAAUCUUGCACCCGCAAGCAAGAGUUUGUUCCGGUUUAAUCUUGCACCCGUAAGCAAGAGAUUUCUAGUGGAUUGAACUCUCGAGCAAGGAGGCUUGAGGAGUGGACGUACUCCGGGUUGGAGGAACCACUAUAAAUCAUGGCUUGAUAU